ACCAACCCACAGCACCAGGUAUCCCGUCCCCACUUCCGCCGGAAGUGAGCCUGGCCGCGGGCGCCGCGAUGACGUCACGGACCGCCGGAAGUCUCCGGGUUACACCAGGAGGCUGUAUCUCUGUGCUAGUAGCGGAUGGCCCCACUUCUGGGGCUUCCUGGAGGAACUAUGUCUCCUGCUGUGUGUGCCACCUGUAGUGGCGCUCACACACCGCUGCCCAAGAGAAGCUCCUAGAAAGGAGCUGCUCAUUUCUCCAUCAAUCUUGGGAAGAGGAAUGCCACAGUUGUCAGCUGAAAAAAUAUCCAGUCAGGAGAAAGAUGUAGGCUGGAGACCUUAAAUUGCUUGAAGGAUGGACUUCCUCACUCUCUUUUUAAUCUACCUGGAUUUCAUGAUGAUCAGUGUUCUUAUGAUCUGGAUCUAUCCAAGAAGUCAUCAUUUGACAAGCCUGGUCCAGGGUGGAACACAGUUAUUUUCCUGUAUAAUUCCACAAUGCCUUCAAAGAGCCAUGCAAAGGUGGCUUCGUUACUUCUUCUACACACGCAACUACACCUUUGUUAUCCUGCAGCUGGUCUUGCAAGGGCUGGUUUAUAUCGAGUAUACCUGGGAGAUACUUGGUUACUGUCAAGAGCUGGAGUUCUCAUUGUGUUACCUUCUUCUACCCUAUCUGUUGCUGACCGUAAACCUGGUUUUCUUCGCCCUAACUUGUUUAACAAAUCCUGGCACUAUAACAAGAACAAAUGAAUUAUUACUUCUUCAAGUUUAUGAAUUUGAUGGCGUGAUGUUUCCAAAGAAUGCGAGGUGCUCUUCAUGUGGUUUAAAGAAACCAGCUCGAUCCAAGCACUGCAGUGUGUGUAACCGCUGUGUACACCGUUUUGACCAUCACUGUGUUUGGGUAAACAACUGCAUUGGGGCCUGGAACACCAGGUACUUCCUCAUCUACCUCCUGACACUGAGUGCAUCAGCGGCCACCAUGGCUAUCCUGAGCGCGACAUUUCUGGUCCGCUUGGUGAUGAUGUCAAAUCUGUACCAGGAAAUGUACCGCGAUGACUUUGGACAGUUCCAGGCUGUCAACACAAUUUUUCUUAUUCAGUACCUGUACCUGACCUUCCCAAGGAUUGUCUUCUUGCUGGGCUUUGUCGUGGUGCUGAGCUUCCUCCUUGGGGGCUACCUGUGCUUUGCUGUGUACCUGGCUGCAACCAAUCAGACCACGAACGAGUGGACCAGAGGAGACUGGGCCUGGUGUCAGCACUGCCCCCUGGUGGCCAGGCCCUCCUCAGCUGAAUCCCAAAGCAACCAGAACAUUUACUCCCAAGGACUUUGGAGAAACCUACAAGAGAUCUUUCUACCUGCAGGCCCAUCUUAUGAGAGAAAGAAGAAAUAAAUGUAAAGAGUGUUACUGACUUUCAAAUAUAGUAUACAUUUAUUUAUA